AUGGGACUGAGGUCGUGCGGCACUUUUUCCCUUUGGCUUGCCCUCCUCCUGCACGCCAAGUUUGGGGCUCGGGCGGGUGUCGGUCCCGCGGCGGACAGGAGGUUCCACCGCCCCGAGCCUCGCUUCGGAGUCUCGCUGCAAGUUUCGGACGUUAACUCCGAGCAAAAGUGGCGUGAAAAGGCGGGACUUGGGAACGAGCCACCGAAAACCGAACCCAAAGACGCAUUUUCUGACACGAGGCACGUGCGUAAAAGGAGCGCCCAGGGGGUUUCCGGCUCUCGAGCCGAAUCCCGCCGCGCGGGCGACGAAGCCAAAGGUUCUUACCCGAGGCAGAGCGACCCCCACCUGGACACCUCCACCUUCGCUCUGUCGGGGGAUUCUGCGCACAACCAGGCGAUGGUGCACUGGUCCGGACACAACAGCAGCGUGAUCCUGAUCCUGACCAAGCUGUACGACUUCAACCUGGGCGCCGUUACCGAAAGCUCUCUGUGGAGGUCCAGCGACUACGGGAGCACGUACACCAAACUCAACGACAAAGUGGGCUCGAGGACCGUGCUGAGCUAUCUUUAUGUCUGCCCCACCAACAAACGGAAGAUAAUGAUGCUGAGCGACCCGGAGGUGGAGAGCGCCGUUUUGAUCAGCUCGGACGAGGGGGCCAGCUUCGACAAGCAUCUCAUUAGCUUCAACGUCCUCAGCCUCCUCUUCCAUCCGGCGCAGGAGAACUGGAUCCUGGCCUACAGCCACGACAGCAAGCUGUACAGCUCCAUGGACUUCGGGAAGAAGUGGCAGCUCGUGCACGAAAACGUGAUGCCGGGACGAUUCUACUGGGCCGUCAUGGGGCUGGACAGAGAGCCGGACGCGGUCCACAUCGAGACGCGGGUCGCCAAAGGCCGCGCUCAGUACGUGAAGUGCCGAGCCCAGCGGUGCACGGAGGCCAACAGGCAGUACCUCUUCCCGGGAUACGUCGACACCAACUCGCUGGUCGUGCAGGACGAAUACGUUUUCACUCAGGUAACCAAGUCGGGCCGAGCCAGCUAUUUCGUGUCCUACAUGAGAGAACCUUUCAAACGCAUGCAAUUACCCAAAUAUUGUCUGCCCAAGGACAUGCACAUCAUCAGCACGGACGAAAAGCAGGUGUUCGCCGCCGUCCAGGAGUGGAACCAGAACCGCACGUACAGCCUGUACAUCUCGGACUCGCCUGGCGUCUACUUCACCCUCUCGCUGGAAAAUCUGAGGACCAGCAGGGGACCCACUGGAAACCUGCUGGUCGACUUCUACAAGGUGGAGGGGAUCAACGGCAUGUACCUGGCCAACAAGCUGGUGGACGGCCGCGUCAAGACGUUCAUCACCUACAACAAAGGGCAAACGUGGGCGCUGCUGCCGGCGCCCGCCACCGACGUGGCCGGGAACGACAUCCGCUGCGUGACGCCUUUUUGUUCGUUACAUCUUCACCUGGAAAUGUCUGAGAAUCCCUACACGUCCGGACCCAUCACCAGCAAAAAGUCCGUUCCGGGAAUUAUUGUGGCGACAGGGAAUAUUGGAACGGAAUUGUCCUCUGCCAACCUUGGCAUGUUCAUAACGUCUGACGCGGGAAAUAGCUGGCGACAGAUAUUUGAUGAAGAGCACAACAUUUGGUUCCUGGACAACGGAGGAGCUUUGCUGGCGGUGCUGCACGCGCCAACGCCGAUUCGACACUUGUGGAUCAGUCUGGACGAAGGCAAGAAGUGGGACCGUCACACUUUCUCCCUGGCGCCUCUCUACGUGGACGGGGUGCUGAUGGAGUCGGAAUCGGACAAUCACAUCAUCACUUUCUUUGGACACUUCAGCCAUCGGUCGGAGUGGCAGCUGAUGAAGAUCGACUACAAGGGCCUGUUCAGUCAGAGGUGCAUGGACGGAGACUACCAGACAUGGUCCCUGCACAACAAGGGUGAGCUUUGCGUGAUGGGCGAGAAGCAGAUUUUCAUGAAGCGCCGGCCCGGAAACCGCUGCAUGCUGUCCCAGGACUACUCCAGAAUCUACUCAUCCGAGCCAUGCCAGUGCACCGCCUACGACUUUGAAUGCGACUACGGCUGGGAGCGUCGCCGCGACGGGAAGUGCUCUCCUGCUUUUUGGUCCGAUCCGAACGAUGUUGGCAAAAGCUGCAGUGCGGGCCACAGCUUCCUCAACAGCACUGGGUAUCGCAAGGUUUUGUCCAAUAACUGCAAAGAGAUCGGUAGGAGCGCGUACUCGCCCAGACGCCAGGGUUGCCGCCCCAGACCGCCCCGAGGCCUCCGCCUGACCACCGGCGGCGGUGAGCUGAGCGCCCGCGUCGGAAGCAACGUGACUUUCGUGGUGCAUCUCCAAGAUGGAGACUCGCCGAGGACCAGCGUCCAGCUGGACUUCGGCGACGGCAUCCGGAUCACUUAUUCCAACCUGAGCCGCGCCGACGACGGCAUCCAGCACGUCUACCGGGCGACGGGGAUUUACCGCGUGAUGGCGGCGGCCGAGAACAUCCUGGGAUCCGACAGCACCGUGCUCUACCUGCACAUCACCAGUCCAGUGGAGCGCGUGUACCUCUCGGCUCCUCUGGUGGCCGUCAGGGGGAAGGAGACCAACUUGACGGCGGUGGUAUGGCCGAGUCAAGUCAGGACCUUGACGUUCUUCUGGUGGAUCACCAACAGCUCCGAGCCGAUUGUCACGCUGGAUGGGAGCAUCUCGUACACGUUCCAGAAGGAAGGAACAAAUAAGGUCACGGUCCAGGUGGCUUCUGGGAGCACCGUGAUGCAGGAUUCCAGGGAUAUCACAGUUAAAGAAUUUUUCAGGUCGCUGCCGCUGUCCUUUUCGCCGACGCUUGACGAGCACAAUCCUGACAUCCCCGAGUGGCGGGAGGACAUAGGCCGCGUGGUCCAGACAGCCCUGUCACAGGUUUCCGGCGUACCUGCCCGUCAGCUGAUGGUGUCUCUGUAUCCCGGACUUCCGACCACGGCGGAACUCUUCAUCUUGCCUGACGUGCUCGCACCAAAGGAGCACAUUAGGCAAACGCAGGAGGAACUGCAAACGAUAUCCGAUGUCUUCGUCUCCCUCCUCAACCAAGACCUGGUCCACUUUGAGCUGAAGGUUGACACUCGCGUCACCGUCUACAUCACUCAGCAAACUCUCGCACCACUCGUGGAUUCGAGCACCCUCCACAGUGGGUCGGCCAUGUUGGUGCUCAUCUCCGUGGUGUUUGUCGGUUUGGUGGCGUUCUUCAUCUACAAGUUCAAAAGGAAAAUCCCAUGGAUACACGUCGAGACCGAGGACAGUCGGGAGAAGGAAUCGGAAGUGAUCAGCACGGUCAGUCAGAACGACAACAUGUCCAAAGUGAACCUCGCGGACUUUCCCUCAGGGAAGAACUUCACGGAAAAGGAGCUGGAGGCCAGGAAAGGAGGAACCAUGGCGAGGAAUAUGGAUAGAAUUGUAACAAGGGAAUACCCAAACUGUACUAACGUCUAAAGACACUGUUACCCAGUAAGUACACGAUGUUGUGUUUCAGUUGUGCUGCAAUUGUUGGCUUCUCUUUUUAAACAUAGUUAUUCCAUGCCGAUCAUCGCUAUCGUACCGAGUAAUGUUUUCACACUCUUAGCAAAUACAGUUGCGUAUCUACAUGGCGGUAUUUAAGGAAAGUGCCGAGGAAGUGUUUCAGGAAAACGUGAGCGAUUUAGUAGGAAUUGGUACAAAAGAUGAAGCACCGUCUAUUAAACUUGACUACUUCACAAAUAAGUGCAAAGUCAAAACCUUGAUUUUGCCAAAAACAGCAAAGCCCCAUUUAUCACGGCGGAUAUGUUACAGAUCCACCCACAAUUGGUAAAAAUCAGUGAUGUACAGCAAUAGCAUAAAAUACACAGUUUUACCCCUCUUACACGCAUUAAACGUAUUUAAACCUACGAAAAUAUAGUUUUUUUUAAACAAAACAUCCCAUCCAUCCGUUUUCUUUGCCGCUUAUCCUCACGAGGAUCGCGGGGAGUGCUGGAGCCUAUCCCAGCUGUCAACAGGCAGGAGGCGGGGUAGACCCUGAACUGAUCGCCAGCCAAUCGCAGGGCACAUCGAGACGAACAGCCGAACUCGCAAUCACACCUAGGGACAAUUUAGAGUGUCCAAUUGUAAACAAAAUAUUUGUAAUAAGUAUUUCUUAACCCCUGUUUAAACUUUUCUGACUGUCACAAAAAUAGGGGCUCUGUAUAUUUCAACAACACAAUGUUCAAACCCAAUCGUAUAACUUCACAUUGUGAAAGCGCACAAGCUUAAUGCUAAUAACAUAUAACACAAAAUGCCAUAGGCGAGCUAAGCCGUUAUUCAGAUAAGCACUGCACUGCACAUACACAGAAACACAUUGUUGGUUUGCGAGUGUGUGACGUCGAUAUAGAGCUCGUGCACCUACGUCAUAAAAUCACGUGACUUUUGUUGACGUCGCCAUAUUGCCGGUCAAGCUAAGCAUUGCUCAAUGCUAAAUCGGUUGGAGACGACGCGGAAAUAUGUCUUGAAGCGCGACGCCCAGAGUCUUGUCCGAUACCGUCAGACAUUUAGAAGGUGAAAAUAAACGACGGUGCGUAGAAAAAUUAGAUAAACUCGGUGCAGAGGACCCGUAUUUAAUGCCGAAGUCGAUGUUUUCGCCUAUAAGAAAUCGGACUGUGAAUUGGCUUCAGCUUGUCUCGGACAACCGGAUCUACACACGGAUCUGGUGACUAAGUCGUCGAGAUUUACACGGAAAAGUUUGAAAGCGUGGAAAAGUCUGGACGCAUACGAAUACUUUGUUGCUGGAUCAGUUCUCAUCAGGAAUAAAUCCCACAUAGCGACGGAUUCGACGGCUGGUUGAACGCGGAAGCGUGUCCGGCCACACGUUAACCUUUGCCGGGAUCCAUCGAUCUUUUCAGCUAGUAUUCAAUACUGGAUAUUUUCUGGUCCUUUCAUCUGGUAUUCCAUAGAAUGACCUCUUUAAAUAUCUGUUGUGACCUCCAACAGCACAACAGGUCUCGGGUAUUGUGAAUAUUCUCGGUCCGGUUCAAUGUCCCCCCACAAUCUCGAGCAGCUCCGUUUGACCGGGAAAAUGGCGACGUCACGUGCGCGAGCUCUCUAUAGCUUCCUGUCACAUGAUGGCCCCGCCUCCGAGUUGUGGUACGCCCUAUUCCGUACCAGCCAUGUUUAAUCGCGCACCGCAUUGACGGUUUAAAACGGUUUAGAGAUCGCGCCGGGUCCUUGUGAUCGUAGCUUUGAUAUGCGCGGAGCAGACAGAGAGUACCGCAAUACUCAGGCGAGAAGUGGUAGUAAAAAAAUUGCCGAAAAAUGAACCGCGAUAUAGGAGUACGUCGACUGUGUACUUUGAACAUCUCAGCCAUUUUGAGUACAAAAUCCUUCUAAAUUCUCACGGGAGCCGACUAAUAAAAGGGUUCAGAGUAAAUACCGCAAGAUGAGUCCGGCAGACAUUUUGUGUACAUAAAAUACAAGUGAAGGUACUUCAAUCUCUAUAGCUUCAUUUGAACUCAUUGUAAAAUGUUUCCAUGUUUAAUAAUCUCUCACUAUGAACGAGUGUCAGCAUUUUUACACGAGCAUGCCCUAAUUAAAAAUAGAAUAAUGAUCCAUUUAUGACGACGUUAGGGUGAGCAACUAUUCUCUGUCAUCGUGAUUUUAAAGCUUUUCUUGGCACAUGAAAUAAACAUAAAUGAAACACCUCGUUUGAUGGUCCAAGCAUCGUGCAUGAUCUUUAUGAUUACCAAUGACUUUUUUUUUUUAAGUUUGUCUUUUUUCUUACUGUGAGUACAUUUUCAAACUGUUCAGAAUAAAUGUAUUUUUAUAUGACA